GUGUCUACUGUAUCGAUAAUUGGGAGUCUUGUCUUUCUUAUCUGCUCCCCUUUCCUCGCUGCUGCUCUCCCUCCCUCGUCUUUUGGGUUUCUGAGGCCCUGGUUUGCCUUCCCCACUGCUUGGCCUCCCUUUGCCGGUCGCUGUGCAAGAGCUGCAACGAGACACAGAUUCUCCAUCAUCCACAACGAGGAGGUGAGAUUCUUGCUGAAAGAUCGGACGGAGGGAGUAGAAUUGCGGGGGGUAGUCAGUGGUGGUUGCCAAUUGCCGCCAUGAAGUGUGUAGGAGUAGGGUCCAGCCGCCGGAGCUGUCGUUGACGACUUGGCGAUGCUGUGGUUUCCAGGCUGAGUGAGAGGAGAGGAGAGGAACAGGAUACAGAUCUCAGGAAGUUCCAUGAGGGUGAGCCGGUGCCCAAGCCUGUGUUCCGGUGCGCGAGGCUGAGCUUCUUGCCCGUUGCCCCCACGAGCUCAUCGAUGCGCCGCCGCCGCCACGGCUCGAGCUGUCCAGCGUGCUGAUGCGGAUUGAGAGGCAGGCUGUCCUGUCCGCUUUCUUUUUCUGAGGUAGCUGCUUCGGCAGACAAAUAGGAGCAGCGGCUCAGAUUUUGGAUCCUGGCAUGGGCUCCUUUGGGAUGGACUGGAACCAGAAGGCCUCUGUGUUGUGGGACUGGGAGAAUUUGCCGCCCAUAGGUGCAAACAUGAGCGACAACCCCAGGAUGACUGCUGCACCUCAGGGUGAGGCCAAGUUUGCAGGCCUGGAGGCCACAAGGCAUGAAUCAGUGCAUUCUUCCUGUGGCACCUUCUCUUCCAGCUCGGAGAUGGGGUAUGGUUCAUCCAAGAGCUCCGUAUCUGCGUCGACUGAUUCUUCGCCCAAGGCCAAGGGGAACAGCAUGGAGCUCAAUUUUGCGCCUGCCAAAGCGCCUGACAAGAACACUGAUUCAGGGAAGGUUGAUGACGCCAGAACCUCUCCGUCGUCCGUGAUUGCCAUCAGCAGUGGAGAGCCAGUGCUUAGUCUGAAACUUGGCAAGAGAACAUAUUUUGAAGAUGUCUGUGGAGGCCAGAGUGUCAAGAGUUUGCCGUCAGAUACGAGUGCAGUGACUCCUCUGGCUUCUGCGAAGAAGGCAAAGUCAGCUCCAAACACGCAGAAAUCAUACUGUCAGGUUGAAGGCUGCAAGGUUGAUCUCUCUUCUGCUAAAGAAUACCAUCGGAAGCACAAAGUCUGUGAACCUCAUUCUAAGGCUUCCAAGGUGGUUGUUGCUGGUCUGGAGCGGCGCUUUUGUCAACAGUGUAGCCGGUUCCAUGGAUUAUCUGAGUUUGACCAGAAGAAAAAAAGCUGCCGCAGGCGCCUCAAUGAUCACAAUGCCCGCAGACGGAAGCCACAGCCUGAAGCAUUUUCUUUUGGUUCAUCAAGGCUGUCCACAAUGUUCUAUGGUAGUAACACAAGACAACAGACAAACCUUCCGUUUGGUCAAGGUCCUUAUGGUCAAAUGAGAAGCUGUGCAAAUUCUUCAUGGGAUAACCCAGUAGGAGGCUUCAAAUUUGCAGAAACAAAAGCUCCUUGGUUAAGAGCUGCUGGUGUUGAUGGUUUGCAUCUAUCAAGUCAGCAGGUGUGGAACAACUUUAUGCCACAUGGUGUCCAUCAAGAUUUUGAUGGGUUCACGGCUUUUAAAGAAACCAGUGCAAAAGUCCUUGAUCAAGGCGCUGAAGCUUCUGCGGUUGUCUCCAACCCAGACGGAGCCCCGGAUCUUCAGCGUGCUCUCUCUCUUCUGUCAAACAGUUCGGCUGGUGCUGGUACCAACCAGCAGCCGACUGCUCAGCUGCACCACCACCAUGCUGGCCUGAGCACCCUCGCCGCCAGCUCCAGCUCCGUGAUGCAGGCCUCGUCACCAGGGCUCUGGCAAGACAGCAGCGGCACGGCCCUGGGCCACCACGCCCACGCACGGUUUCAGGCUCUCGAUGCCCCGGGCAGCGGUGCCGCCAUUGCGACCGCUCAGGAGCUGCUCCAGCUCCCGCGGUCGCCGUCCUUGUACGACAGCUCCUCGUCCCACUACGACCUGAUGCGCUGAUGCUUCUCCCUUCAGGCUUCAGGUAGAGCUUCAGACUCGGCUUCUGGUGUCUCUCUGGAAGUCGGAGUUUUGAAUGAACUGCUGUGUGUUUGAUCUGAAUCAACGAACAAAAUAAAAGGCCUGCACAAACCUAGCCUUGUUGCCAUGGAAACUCGUGGGAUCGCCAGGAGCUGCGUGUGCUUGAAUAAUCCACAGUUGUGUGACGCUAGCUUUCUAUUUUUAUUUGUGUAAUGUAAUGUAACUCCGUUGCUUGAAUAAUCUCAGAAUGUCCGUCUCAAAUUCUCGA